AUGGUCGACCGAAAUCUCUUCAUCCGCUCCGCCGUCGAGCUAGUUACCCGCCAGGGCUCCGACUCCGACGAUGAGGCCCCCGAGGCAGGGGAGAAGGAGAUCCUCUCCUCGUGGGCGCUCCUUAUUCUCAUUAUACUACUUAUCGCGGCCUUCUUCACAUCCUACGUCCUACAAUCGAAGCGAAUACAGGCGGUACAUGAGACGGUCAUAUCAAUUUUCGCGGGAAUGGUCAUUGGUCUGAUACUGCGGCUGGUUGGGUUCGAGGAUGUACUGGCGAGUGUCAGCUUUGAUUACCAGUUCUUCUUUAACCUGCUGCUGCCGCCGAUUAUUCUUGCGGCGGGAUAUGAGUUGCAUCAGGGCAACUUCUUCCGGAACAUCGGGACCAUCUUGACCUUCGCUUUUGCCGGAACGUUCAUAUCGGCCCUGGUCCUCGGUGUCAUCCUCUGGCUAUGGACACGGAUACCGCUCGAAGGUCUGGACGUGUCGUUCGUCGACGCCAUGUCCGUUGGAGCUACGCUCUCGGCCACUGAUCCGGUCACCAUCCUCGCCAUCUUCAACACCUACAAAGUCGAUCCCAAGCUGUACACAAUCAUCUUUGGCGAGAGUAUUUUAAAUGACGCUAUUGCCAUUGUCCUGUUCGAGACUGCUCAGAAGUACAAGAACAGCAAUACCGCCAAGCUGACACCCUUCAGCCUUUUCGAAAGCAUCGGCAUUUUCUUGAUGGUCUUCUUUGGCAGCAUGUUCAUCGGAGUCGUCAUUGGCUUGGCGACGAGCCUGCUCCUCAAGUUCACGCACGUACGACGAGAGCCGAAGAUCGAGAGCUGUUUGGUCAUUCUUAUCGCCUAUUCGUCCUACUUCUUUGCCAACGCCAUACACAUGAGCGGCAUCGUCUCGCUCCUCUUCUGCGGCAUCUGCCUCAAGCACUACGCCUACCACAACAUGUCCCGCCGCACCCAACUCACGACCAAAUUCACCUUCUCCCUUCUUGCGCAACUCAGCGAGAACUUCAUCUUCAUCUAUCUCGGGCUGUCACUUUUCACCGAAACGACGCUCGAAUACAAACCACUUUUUAUCCUAGUCACAGUUGUUGGCAUUUGCGUGGCACGAUGGUGCGCCGUCUUCCCACUCAGUGGCGCCAUCAACUGGUUCCUGCGCUACCGAGCCAGACGGCGCGGCCAGGAAGUCGCCGAAGAGAUCCCAACCAACUGGAAAAUCCUCAUCUUCUGGGCUGGUCUCCGCGGAGCUGUCGGUGUCGCGCUCGCCGCCGGACUGCAAGGCCAAAGCGGCUACGCCCUCAAAGCCACCGUGCUGGUCGUUGUUGUGCUGACCGUUAUCAUCUUUGGCGGUACUACCGCAAGGAUGCUGGAGAUCCUCAACAUCCGCACCGGCGUUGUGGACGAGAUCGACUCGGACGACGAGUUCGACAUCGAGCCCGUCCCACAUACCCCCGGCGUGUACGCGAAGCGCUCGAAUGGAGGCUUCGGCCAUACGCCAAAGAGCAGUGUCAACGGUGCCAUCGACCUAAACUACGUCAACGGCGGCGCAGGCGGAGCCUACAGCACCGCGCACAACUCUGGCUCGCCACCCCGCUUCGCUCGUCGCAACAGCUCACGGCAGCACGAAAUAUCGACCGCAGAGCAAGGCCUCCUCAGCCCCGACGACUUCGCGGACCACGCGUCCGACGACGAAGGUCAAGAUCUCGACUUACCGCCCGCCGCCCGGCGGUCGCCUUCCCGUCCCCUUUCCGCGAAUCCGGAAGUCGAUACGAACAACCCUUACCCCAUGACUGGAGCGCGAACGGAUGCAGCGGAGCGCGAAGCGAGACCUCACAUGACUGCUCGAACGGCGAUUAAUUCGAUUCUGAACGCGACGAGCGAGGACGCGGGGAAUUUAUUCAGUAAGUUGGAUGAGAACUUUUUGAAGCCGCAUUUGUUGCUUGACCCCGGUGGAAGUGGAAGUAAGGGGAGCAGUAGGGAGAGGAAUGGGAGUAGGGACCGAGGGGGCGGGUCGUAG